AGAAAAACUGAAAAAGAGGUUAAUGAGAGCAGGAGUCCCCACAUUCGGAAUAGCACAGAAACUGUCUCUUCCUUCGUUCUCAUUCUCAUCUUACUAACAACAAACCUCCUCUCUCUCUGCAAGUGUGUGUGACACAGUCGGUGGUGGCCUUAUUCCUCCUCUCUCUCUCUCUCUCUCUGUGUCAGUCUUGCCUAUAUCUACAGCCGGACCUUUCUCUUUUCUCUUUCCUCUCCCAUCCGUGACUUCUCUUUCUCUCUCUUCAUCUCACUUAUAAUUAACACUUCUCUUUUCUUCUUCAAUUCAUUGGCCACCUUCCCUUUCUUUCUAGUACUUUCCUUUCUCGGCCAACACCAAUUUCGGAGUUUUUUCUUUCUGCCACUUUGCAAUGCUCUCUUUCUAUUUUACUAUACUCUCUUCUCUUUUCAACUUCUUUUCCUAAACUAAAACUCUUGGCUUUUUCCUCACUUCUUUUUUUAAUUAUUUCUUGUACUUUCUGGGUUUAGGGUUUUUCUUUGUACCUUUUUUCUGAGCCCCUUCUCCUUUCCAAAUCCCAAUUUGUUGUUUCCACAUGUUCAAUUUACCUAAUUAGAAUACAACUAUGUCUUCGUGUUUGAGUGGAACAGGGGGAAGAACCUACGGUCUAGAUUUAGAUAUAGUUAAAUCUCCACCAUGUUCAUGGAGUCGAACAUCACAAACACAAACCUCUUCUUCUCCUUCCUCAACCAUCUCAGAAUCAACCAAUUCACCACUCACAAUCUCCACCACAAAACCAAGAACCCCUCGAAAACGACCCAACCAAACCUACAACGAAGCCGCAACACUCCUUUCAACAGCUUACCCGAACCUAUUCUCCAACCCAAACCUAAAAUCACACACCAAUCAUAGCAACAAUAAUAAAUUCACUAAACUACCAUCAUCAGAAAAAACGUACGAAUCAGAUUCCUCACAACUUCUUUUACCUUUCAGAGUUUUCGACACGUCAUCAUCUUUUUUACUUCACGGCCCACUCCAAAAUCACAGACCCAAUUUCCCGUCUGAGCCCAAACCGGUCAAACCGUGUCACUGUCAGAGUCCCGGAGAGAUAAGUUCAAUGGUCAAUUCCCUCGAAUUGAACGAUGAUAUUGAUUUCGACACUGAAUCCAUUCUCGACGAAGAAAUCGAACAAGGAAUCGAUAGUAUCAUGGGAAGUACAGUCCAAGAAGAGGAAGAUUCUAACGCCGUUUCUUCUCAUCAUCCAUGGAUUGGUUUUGGCGGGAAAUUCGAUUUCCGAUUAGGUUUACAGAGAACUGGUGUGAGAGCUCUUCGUCAUGUUGAUGAAGGAAAUUGGUGGAAUUUUCCUGCUGUUGAUAUUCUUAAAAUUUCGCCGAAAAUUUGCAGUGUCGGUGAGAAAUCGGCGGCGCCGGUGACGGACAAGAAGAAAAAGAAGAAGGUUGUUACGGUGGAGAAACACAACGAGGAGUUGUUGAAAGAAACGGAAUUGCCAAAAAGGAAAACCGGUUUGUUGUUGAAAUUGAAUUACGAAGGCGUUCGGAAUGCUUGGUCUGAUAAAGGAACACCGUUCGCUGACGACAGUCCUAUCUCCGACGCACCGGGAAAUGACGUCAAUGCACGGCUGUCACAAAUUGAUUUGUUGUGGGACAAUGGAGUUGGAGGUGUGAGAGAAGCUAGCGUGCUACGUUACAAAGAAAAACGGCGUACGCGUCUCUUCUCUAAGAAGAUCAGAUAUCAGGUCAGAAAAGUCAACGCAGAUCGACGGCCAAGAAUGAAGGGGCGAUUUGUUAGGAGGCUGAAUGCUAGCUAAAACGCACACAGAUGAUAUACAGUAUAUGUAGUAGCAGUAGAUCACAUGGUUUUUUGGGAUUUCAAUAAAAAUAAUAAUAAUCAUAAUAAAAAGCAGUUUUUUUUUUAUA